UGAACACAACCUCGAAAGAAGUGCGAGAUGGCCGACGCAACAAGCGACGAUGGCGGUACUGAAGGGCUGGCCGCUGGCAAUGGACGUCCCAGUGGACCAGAGAAAGUAACGAUCCAGUUCACAGCCGUGGGCGGAGCCCCCAUCAUGAAACGCAGCAAGUUCACCGUGAACGGCAUCGAUCCCCUCAGUCAUGUGUACAUCUUUCUCCGAAAGCAACUUCGCCUGAAAGACGACGACGCGUUGUUUGUAUACUGCAACAACUCCUUCGCCCCCACUCCUGACCAACGAAUGUAUGAGCUCUUCGAGUGCUUUCAAGUGAACGGCGUGCUCGUGUUAAACUACAGUCGAUCUCAAGCCUGGGGUUAACACACACACAUUAAUCUAAAAUUCUAAAAAAAUACAAUUAGUUUU